AUGGCCCUACAAGACCCAGCUUCAUCUCUGUUUCCUCUGUCCUCUCUCUCUCUUCUCCCAUUCCUUGUUAGCCAAAAUGUAAUAUCCUUUCUCGGGGUGCUCACCCCCUUUCUCGCUGAUGGCACCGACCCACUGCGUGGGUGGAUCUGGCGAUGGACCAGUAGAAUCUCGCCUCAGACCUCAUCCAAAUUUCCCCACCAAUUGGCGGCCGAUUUGGCUGGCCCAACAGCUCAUCGAGGCUCUGUCUGUCUCAAUGCUCCGCUCUUGAGUGCAGCUGAUGCUCAACAAAUGACAAUUGUAGCAAUAAUUAAACAUUUAUGCAGCGCCAAACCGUUCCGACUUUCGUUUGCUGGCGGACUGCCGGAAUUCCAAAGCUGCAGUUGA